AUGGAGGCUGUUUUCCUCAAUUCUUUCUCAUCAUCAACAAUUGCACCAGAUAAAAUUUUGAGAGUGUCUGAUCACAAGAGGGGCUGGUGCUUGUUGAGGAGAAAAAAGAGUGUAAUUCUGUGCCAAGGGUCAGGUGGCAAUGCCAUAAAGACUAGUGGGUUUUCUUCUAAAGCUGUGAAGGAUGCAGGAAGCCUGGUUUUGUCUCCAAAUGAUCAGAAGAGCCAGAAAGAAAAUAAUAUUGCAGUGAAGGAUUUGGUGCCUUUUGGUGGAUCACCACCAUCUACUUCUUUGAUGGAGAUGCAUGAUGGCAUUGGGAUUGUAAAAUUUCUUAGAGGAAAAGGGUUUUUCAUAACUGGUGCUACUGGGUUUCUAGCAAAAGUUCUUAUUGAGAAGAUAUUAAGGACACAGCCCGAUGUGGGGAAGAUAUUUCUCUUGAUCAAGGCGAAAAACAAGGAAGCUGCAAUGGAAAGAUUAAAAAGUGAAAUCAUAAAUGCUGAGCUUUUCAAGUGUCUCAGACAAACUUAUGGAAAAUCUUAUCAAGCCUUCAUGUUGAGCAAGCUAGUUCCUGUGGUAGGAAAUGUCAGUGAUUCAGAUCUUGGGCUAGAACAUGAUAUAGCUGGUUUGAUUGCUAAAGAGGUUGAUGUCAUUGUAAAUUCUGCAGCUAACACAACAUUUCAUGAAAGAUAUGACGUGGCUAUAGAUAUAAACACAAAAGGACCUUGUCACCUUAUGGCCUUUGCAAAAAAGUGCAAGAAACUUAAGCUCUUCCUGCAAGUAUCAACAGCAUACGUUAAUGGACAAAGGCAAGGAAGAAUUAUGGAAAAGCCAUUUAAUAUUGGAGAAAGCAUAGCAGGGGAAAAUUACAUAUCUGAAACCCCGCCAGGAUUUUAUCCCCUGGAUGUUGAAAACGAAAUAAAUCUGGCUUUGAAUUCCAAAGGAGCUUAUGCAAACAAUGAGGUGGCUCAAAAGAUGAAAGAGCUGGGUUUAGAAAGGGCCAGAAAAUAUGGAUGGCAAGAUACAUAUGUGUUCACCAAGGCCAUGGGAGAAAUGCUGAUUGAUAAUAUGAGAGGUGACAUACCAGUGGUUAUUAUCCGACCUAGUGUCAUUGAAAGCACUUGCAAAGAACCAUUUGCCGGAUGGAUGGAAGGAAAUAGGAUGAUGGAUCCAAUUGUUUUGUACUAUGGAAAAGGGCAGCUCACAGGUUUCCUAGUAGAUCCAAAUGGGGUACUUGAUGUGAUUCCAGCUGACAUGGUUGCUAACGCAACCUUGGCGGCCAUUGCGAAUCAUGGAAUGGCUCAGAAAAAAGGCAUCAAUAUCUACCAGAUUACUUCCUCAGUUGCAAACCCCUUAAAUUUCCAAGAACUAAGUACACUGCUCUAUGAGCAUUACAACUCCUCACCGUGCGUGGACUCGAAAGGCAGGCCAAUCCAAGUUCCAUCGAUGAAGCUCUUCAGCUCAAUGGAAGAUUUCUCUGCUCACAUUUGGAGAGAUGCCCUUCAACGAAGCCAGUUAACAGCAUUAAAUUCCUCAAAUGGGAAACUGUCUCGGAAACUUGAAAUGAUCUGCAGAAAAUCAGUUGAGCAAGCAAAGUACUUGGCUGCUAUUUAUGAGCCAUAUACUUUUUAUGGUGGAAGGUUUGACAACAGCAAUACUCAGAGACUAAUGGAGAGGAUGUCUGAAGAAGAAAAGAGGAAGUUUGGAUUUGAUGUGGGGAGCAUAGAUUGGAAAGACUAUAUUACAAAUGUCCACAUUCCAGGUCUUAAGAGGCAUGUUUUGAAGGGCAGAGGGCCUGAAAAUCUGGUGGGAGAUGAGGUGCAAAAAAGAGGUGUUGCCUCUCUCCUAGUGGUGUAA